CGAACUCUCCCUCCUUGUCCCUGGAUUCCUUCCGUAGCUUACCCGUUUGCUGUCGCACUUUCUCUUUAACUUACUGAGGAGAAAAAUAAAGACAGUCUCUGCGGGAAUAUCUGUUUAACGAAGUAUCGAUGCCAGCAUGGACUCCUGUGAACCGCAGCUGAUCGAUGACUGCCUCAUUCAAAUUUUUACAUUUCUUACCGAGGAAGAUUUAAUUAAUGUAUCAACUGUGUGUAAGGAUUGGCAUGAAGCUGCAGAAACUCCUUGGUUAUGGAGGAGGAUGUGUCUGCAGCGCUGGGGUUUCUGUAACCUCGCAGUCUUGGGGAGUGAACAGGCGAAUCACUCCUGGAAGAGAUACUUCCUGCGACGAUCCCACUUGGAGAAGAACAUGACGAAAGGUCGCACAGGAGGCUAUACCUGCAAAAGCCUCAGGGGGCACACAGGCCGGGUUGUGGGGUUUGUUUACCUAAACGCAAAUUCAAGCCAGCAUCCAGAUUUCUGGAGCCACAACGCCACAGUCUGCAGUGCUUCUUCUGAUGGGACGGUCCGAGCAUGGAACAUCCAAAACGGUGAGCCCCUGUGGUGUAGUCCUGUACAGAGUCCUUUGAUGAAGAUUUUAAGUGAUGAACAGCAUGAAGUUGUGAUCACAGCAGAUUCUCAGGGCCUGAUUAAGACCUGGCAAGGCCAAACUGGCCAGGAGUUGGCCUCCUUUUCUACUUCCUCAUCACACUGUACACUGCUACAGUACAACAUAGACAACGAUUGGUUUCUAACCGUUGGAACUGGUCAGGGAUCUGUGUGUACACUAGCAGGUCCUUCGUUGACUAAAAAGUCCAGUAUUAUAGUGUAUGACACCUUUAGUGUCAACAUACUCCUAGCUUCACCUGACAAGAAAUGGAUCACAGCUGGAACUACAGAGAAUAAUGAUUUUUGUCCAAAGGUGUUUUACACUGAGAGUUUGACCUCUCCGUCUGAGGAUGAAGAGACCCUUUGCCAGUCUGUGCCAGUCAUUGGGUGCCGGGCUGCUGUCUUCAUACCCACCCAGCCUGCCAGACUGGCUGUCCUUCACCACAACGACCUCGAACGCAAAAAUGACAUAACCAUCUUUGAUAUCAUCAUGAAAAAGACUAAGUACAAGUCAGAGAUCAUAGUCCAGCAGGUCGAGUCUUUCCCCUUGAAACUGCAGCUCGAGUCUUUCCCCUUUACACUGAAUGCCUCGUCCUCAAACAUCCUCCUAGCAGCCAAGGACAGCAACUGCAUAGUGCUGGCAGCUGGUCAACAACUAUGGGUUUACUCACUGAAAGGAGUCAUGCUUGCUAGCUUUAAAGAACAUACUCUGCCAAUCUCUUCCAUAUGCGUGGACAGUUUUCGUGUUGUGACAGCAUCCAAGGACCUUUCCUUACGAGUGCUAACCUGGAAAAAUGACAGAGACUAUGGGUUGACACUGGAGAGCCGAUACCACUUACUGGGAGGCUCUCACACAAUGUCCAGAGGGUUUACUCACGUCGCCUGUGACUACUCCAGCAUUGUGGCCUCAGUUGAAGGGAAUGAUGGAAAAGACGUCCUAAAAGCUUAUUCCUUCAAUGCCUGAGCAUCACAGCCUCACAAAAGUGCCUGCAUUUAGUUUGCACCACUAACUACAGGGAUCCACAUUUCUUUUUUUGUUAUAUGCAUUUUCUUUGGUAGCACUAUGCUUAUAAUAUAAAUGAAAGUAAUACAGUUAAGGAUCCCUGUGGUACUUAUGAGAAAGGCAUCAGUAGUAUUGUGUUGUGAGAAGUCUGCGUAAAUGUAAGAUUUGUGUUUGAGCGCUACGCUUUUAGAGCUGAGGUCUGUGUUGAAUGUGACCAGGCUUGAGGCCCAGUAUACUUAAAGAAUAAA